GGCCGCGUCUUAAGAGGGCACGCGAAGGGCACAAGGACACGCACCUAGGAUGCUGGAGGAACCCUAGUUUUUGGCAAUAGCCGGUACCGUGCUCCAGGCCGCACUCGGCGUACCCUGUAGGCCAUGCGCGCGCUGCGGAUCGGGCUGACUCUGGCGCUGGGCGCGGGGCUGGGCGCGGCGGCAGAGCAGUGGCAGCAGCGGGCAGGGAGUGAGCCCGGGCUGCUGGGCCGAGUGCCAGUGUUGCCCGUGGUCGCCGCAGAGCUGCCCGCGCUGCCGGGGGGACCGGCGGGCGGCACUGGGGAGCUGGCCAAGUACGGGCUGCCCGGUGUGGCGCAGCUCCGCAGCCGCGAGUCCUACCUGCUGAGCUACGACCCGCGCACGCGCGGUGCGCUCUGGGUACUGGAGCAGCUGCGGCCGGACCGGCUCCACGGCGACGGCGACCGCCGGGCCUGCCACUUCCACGAGGACGACUCUGUGCACGCGUACCACCGCGCCACCAAUGAGGACUACCGCGGCAGCGGCUUUGACCGCGGCCACCUGGCCGCCGCCGCCAACCACCACUGGAGCCAGAAAGCCAUGGAUGACACCUUCUACCUGAGCAACGUGGCGCCGCAGGUGCCACACCUCAAUCGGACUGCCUGGAACAACCUGGAAAAGUACAGCCGCAGCUUGACUCGCACUUACCAAAAUGUCUACGUCUGCACAGGGCCUCUUUUCCUGCCCAGGACGGAGGCUGAUGGCAAGUCCUAUGUGAAGUACCAGGUGAUUGGGAAGAACUGGGUGGCGGUGCCCACACACUUCUUCAAGGUGCUGAUCCUGGAGGCUACCGGUGGGCAGAUCGAGCUGCGGUCCUACGUGAUGCCCAAUGCCUUUGUGGAUGAGACUCUCCCUUUGGAGCGCUUCCUGGUUCCCAUCGAGAGCAUUGAGCGGGCCUCAGGGUUGCUGUUCGUGCCCAAUAUUCUGGCUCGAACUGGAAAUGUCAAGGCCAUCACUGAUGGCAGCAAGUGA